UAGCUACCGGCAACUGCCGGUCACCUCACCGACGGAUUAUCUGCUGCUAAAUGCACGAUCGGUCAAUCAAACGUUGUAACCUACGACAAAAAAUGGUGUCACGGAAAUCUUUUAAGUCUUUGUUCUGGCUGUUGUCGAUAAUCUGUUUGGAUUUGAAUGGAGUUAGGGCUGACGUCAGUCACAAAAACGCAUACGCGACGAUGAUGUAUAUGGGGACACCAAGAGAUUACGAGUUUUACAUUGCGAUUAGAGUUAUGUUACGAUCUUUAUCGAAGCUUCGAGUCGAUGCGGAUCUUGUUGUGAUUGCUUCUGUUGAUGUUCCUGCUCGUUGGAUGCAUACGAUGGAAGAGGAAGAUGGUGCGAAGGUUGUGCGAGUUGAGAAUCUAAACAACCCAUACAUAAGUGAUACUAGCCAUGAUAGAUUUAAAUUAACGCUAAACAAAUUGUACGCGUGGAGCUUAGUAGAAUACGAAAGGGUCGUCAUGCUUGAUGCUGAUAAUCUUUUUCUUCAAAAGACCGAUGAACUGUUUCAAUGUGGCCAAUUUUGUGCAGUCUUUAUUAACCCUUGCGUUUUCCAUACAGGCCUCUUUGUAUUGGAGCCAUCGUCGAAGGUGUAUAAGGAUAUGUUACGCGAUUUAGAUAAUAGGAGAGAUAAUCCAGAUGGAGCUGAUCAAGGUUUUAUUGGAGGUUACUUUCCUGAUCUUCUUGAUCAGCCCAUGUUUCAUCCACCCUCUGAUGGAACCAAACUUGAUGGUACAUUCAGACUUCCUUUGGGUUACCAAAUGGAUGCUUCUUAUUAUUAUCUAAGAUUAAGGUGGAGUGUACCAUGUGGACCAAACAGUGUGAUCACAUUUCCUGGUGCAUCAUGGUUAAAGCCUUGGUAUUGGUGGUCGUGGCCCGUUUUACCGCUAGGCAUCCAAUGGCAUGAACAACGGCGUGAAACUAUAGGGUACGAUUCAGAGAUGCCUUUCGUGCUAAUCCAAACUAUAAUUUACUUAUGCAUUAUAGCGGUCACGCGCUUGGCUCGUCCAACUCUAACAAAGUUAUGCUAUCGCGGUGCAGACAAGAAUUUAACCAUAAUCCAAACAAGCCUUAAAGCUAUAGCCAUAUUAUCCAUCAUCAUAUCAUAUAUGCUCCCAUUCAUGCUAGUCCCUCAUACAAUCCAUCCGAUUUUAGGGUGGACCAUGUACUUAUUAGGGUCCUUUGCUCUCUCAUGUAUCACCAUAAAUGUUUUUCUUCUCCCGUUACUACCGGUUUUGACCCCUUGGUUGGGGAUCAUAGGAGUCCUUUUAGUCAUGGCUUGCCCAUGGUAUACAGAUGGUGUUGUGAGGGCUUUAUCGGUUUUCGCAUAUGCGUUUUGUGUUUCACCGGUUCUAUGGAUUUCAAUGGGGAAAAUUAGAUCAUCUCUUCAUAUUUCACUUGAGAGGGAAGGUUUUCUGCCCAGCCGACUCACCGAUUCAACUCAGUCUAAUGGUUUUAAUAAGUUAUAUUGACAUAAAAAUUAUAAA